CAUUGGGAUCCUUUGUAUAAUCAAUGAUCAUUUUAUAUUCUCGAAGUAUAAAGAUUUGUAGGACUGAUUUCCAUGUAUGGCAUGCAAUGUCUAAUAAAGUAUGACAGCAUACAUCAAGCUAAGUUAUAUAAAUAUAUGGAAACCACUAUAUAAAUAGAUAUGGUCCAUGAGCCCUCACUCCUUACACUCAUGGGUCUACUAGAACACUCCAGAGAUUCUUCCAGGUUUGAUAGUGAAGGGCUUAAGGAAAGAACUCAGACAACUCAGACAACAGGAGGCCCAAGUUCAAUAUUUACAUAUUACUAAUUAGCAACAGGAUUGUGGUUGUCUCUUUGUUUCCUCAUCUGCUAUAUAGAGGUGCUGAGUUGAAUGACCUCUAUUGUCUCUUUAAUUCUGAAACUUAAUGGUUUUAUACAUCUAUAGUUAUAGUUUAUGUGAUGCUAGAGCCUAAGACUGGAAUGUAACCCCCAUGUAUAGCUACAUUUUCCAGGACUGUGUUUUUUUCUAAAAAUACGUAUUUACCCAGAAAAUGUUAAGUACUGUCUAUGUGAGAUGUAGUUUUUCUUGUUCAACUUUUGUAAGGUCCUUUUCUUCAUCUUAAAUUUGAUGUGUUGGUAGAAUAGGUGGAAAUAUCCAGCAUGUAAUUUGAAGAAUGGGCCUAAAACUCAGGAGAGAAAUCAGGGCAAGGGAUAGAUCCAUAUAGGUGAUUGUUCAAUAUGAAGCAGAUGAGAUUACUCAGGAAAAAGUACAGAAGAAAGGGGAAGAGGAAGAACUCUGGAACUACUGGAACUCUAUAAGGACAUGGAAAAGAAGUUCAGGGACAAGUUCAUCCUACUCUUGAGUCUAAUGAUGAUGCUCUUCAAUAUGUCGAAGAAUUAAUUUUGCAAUUAUUAAAUAUGCUAUGCCAAGCUCAGCCCCGAAGUGCUUCAGAUGUAGAGGAACGUGUCCAAAAAAGUUUCCCUCAUCCAAUUGAUAAGUGGGCAAUAGCUGAUGCCCAAUCGGCUAUUGAAAAGAGGAAGCGAAGAAACCCUUUAUCUCUCCCAGUAGAAAAAAUUCAUCCUUUAUUAAAGGAGGUCCUAGGUUAUAAAAUUGAUCACCAGGUUUCUGUUUACAUAGUAGCAGUAUUAGAAUAUAUUUCUGCAGACAUUUUAAAGCUGGUGGGGAAUUAUGUGAGAAAUAUACGGCAUUAUGAAAUUACAAAACAAGAUAUUAAAGUGGCAAUGUGUGCUGACAAGGUAUUGAUGGAUAUGUUUCACCAAGAUGUAGAAGACAUAAAUAUAUUAUCUUUAACUGAUGAAGAGCCUUCCACCUCAGGAGAACAAACUUACUAUGAUUUGGUAAAAGCAUUUAUGGCAGAAAUUCGACAAUAUAUAAGGGAACUAAAUCUAAUUAUAAAAGUUUUUAGAGAACCCUUUGUCUCCAAUUCAAAAUUGUUUUCAACAAAUGAUGUAGAAAAUAUAUUUAGUCGUAUAGUAGAUAUACACGAACUUAGUGUAAAGUUACUGGGCCAUAUAGAAGAUACUGUAGAAAUGACUGAUGAAGGCAGUCCCCAUCCACUAGUAGGAAGCUGCUUUGAAGACUUAGCAGAGGAACUGGCAUUUGAUCCAUAUGAAUCAUAUGCUCGAGAUAUUUUACGACCUGGUUUUCAUGAUCAUUUCCUCAGUCAGUUAUCAAAGCCUGGAGCAGCACUUUAUUUGCAGUCAAUAGGUGAAGGUUUCAAAGAAGCUGUUCAAUAUGUUUUGCCCAGGCUACUUCUGGCCCCUGUUUACCACUGUCUACAUUACUUUGAACUUCUGAAACAGUUAGAAGAAAAAAGUGAAGACCAAGAAGACAAGGAAUGUUUAAAACAAGCAAUAACAGCUUUGCUUAAUGUUCAGAGUGGUAUGGAAAAAAUAUGUUCUAAGAGUCUUGCAAAACGAAGACUAAGUGAAUCUGCAUGUCGGUUUUAUAGUCAGCAAAUGAAGGGGAAACAACUGGCAAUUAAGAAAAUGAACGAGAUCCAGAAGAAUAUUGAUGGUUGGGAGGGAAAAGACAUUGGACAGUGUUGCAAUGAGUUUAUAAUGGAAGGAACUCUUACACGGGUAGGAGCCAAACAUGAGAGACACAUAUUUCUCUUUGAUGGCUUAAUGAUUUGCUGUAAAUCAAAUCACGGGCAGCCAAGACUUCCUGGUGCUAGCAAUGCAGAAUAUCGUCUUAAAGAAAAGUUUUUUAUGCGAAAGGUACAAAUUAAUGAUAAAGAUGACACCAAUGAAUACAAGCAUGCUUUUGAAAUAAUUUUAAAAGAUGAAAAUAGUGUAAUAUUUUCUGCCAAGUCAGCUGAAGAGAAAAACAAUUGGAUGGCAGCAUUGAUAUCUUUACAGUACCGAAGCACACUGGAAAGGAUGCUUGAUGUGACGAUGCUGCAGGAAGAGAAGGAGGAGCAGAUGAGGCUGCCUAGUGCUGACGUUUACAGAUUUGCAGAGCCUGACUCUGAAGAGAAUAUUAUAUUUGAAGAAAAUAUGCAGCCCAAGGCUGGAAUUCCAAUUAUCAAAGCAGGAACUGUUAUUAAACUUAUAGAGAGGCUUACAUACCAUAUGUAUGCAGAUCCCAAUUUUGUUCGGACAUUUCUUACAACAUACAGAUCCUUUUGCAAACCUCAAGAACUACUGAGUCUUAUAAUAGAAAGGUUUGAAAUUCCAGAGCCUGAGCCAACAGAAGCUGAUCGCAUAGCUUUAGAGAAUGGAGACCAACCACUGAGUGCAGAAUUAAAAAGAUUUAGAAAAGAAUAUAUACAGCCUGUACAACUGCGAGUAUUGAACGUAUGUCGGCACUGGGUAGAGCACCAUUUCUAUGAUUUUGAAAGAGAUGCAGAUCUUUUACAACGAAUGGAGGAAUUUAUUGGAACAGUAAGAGGUAAAGCAAUGAAAAAAUGGGUUGAAUCCAUCACUAAGAUAAUCCAAAGGAAAAAAAUUGCGAGAGACAAUGGACCAGGUCAUAACAUUACAUUUCAGAGUUCGCCUCCUACAGUCGAGUGGCACAUAAGCAGACCUGGGCACAUAGAGACUUUUGACCUGCUCACCUUACACCCAAUAGAAAUUGCUCGACAGCUUACUUUACUUGAAUCAGAUUUAUAUCGAGCUGUACAGCCAUCAGAAUUAGUUGGGAGUGUGUGGACAAAAGAAGACAAAGAAAUUAAUUCUCCCAAUCUUCUGAAAAUGAUCCGACACACCACUAAUCUCACUCUGUGGUUUGAAAAAUGUAUCGUAGAAACUGAAAAUUUAGAAGAAAGAGUAGCUGUAGUAAGUCGAAUAAUUGAAAUUCUACAAGUCUUUCAAGAGCUAAACAACUUUAACGGUGUCCUUGAGGUUGUCAGUGCUAUGAACUCAUCACCUGUUUACAGACUAGACCACACAUUUGAGCAAAUACCAAGCCGCCAAAAGAAAAUUUUAGAAGAAGCUCACGAAUUGAGUGAAGAUCACUAUAAGAAAUAUUUGGCAAAACUCAGGUCAAUUAACCCACCAUGUGUGCCUUUCUUUGGAAUUUAUCUCACUAAUAUCUUGAAAACAGAAGAAGGCAACCCUGAGGUCCUAAAAAGACAUGGAAAAGAGCUUAUAAACUUUAGCAAAAGGAGGAAAGUAGCAGAAAUAACUGGAGAGAUUCAGCAGUACCAAAAUCAGCCUUAUUGUUUACGAGUAGAAUUAGACAUCAAACGGUUUUUUGAAAACUUGAAUCCAAUGGGAAGUAGCAUGGAAAAAGAAUUUACAGAUUAUCUUUUCAACAAAUCCCUAGAAAUAGAACCACGAAACCCCAAGCCUCUCCCAAGAUUUCCAAAAAAAUAUAGCUAUCCCCUAAAAUCUCCUGGUGUUCGUCCAUCAAACCCAAGACCAGGUACCAUGAGGCAUCCCACACCUCUGCAGCAGGAGCCAAGGAAAAUUAGUUAUAGUAGGAUCCCUGAAAGUGAAACAGAAAGUACAGCAUCUGCACCAAAUUCUCCAAGAACACCGUUAACACCUCCUCCUGCUUCUGGUGCUUCCAGUACCACAGAUGUUUGCAGCGUGUUUGAUUCUGAUCAUUCGAGCCCUUUUCAUUCAAGCAACGAUACCGUCUUUAUCCAGGUUACACUGCCCCAUGGCCCAAGAUCUGCUUCAGUGUCAUCCAUUAGUUUAACCAAGGGCCCUGAUGAUGUGCCCAUCCCCCCUCCUGUCCCUCCUCGAAGACGGCCAGAGUCUGCCCCAGCAGAGUCUUCGCCAUCUAAGAUCAUGUCUAAGCAUUUGGACAGCCCCCCAGCCAUCCCUCCUAGGCACCCCACGUCAAAAGCCUAUUCACCACGCUAUUCAAUAUCAGACCGGACCUCUGUAUCAGACCCACCUGAAAGCCCUCCCUUAUUACCACCACGAGAACCUGUAAGGACACCUGAUGUUUUCUCAAGCUCACCACUACAUCUCCAACCUCCCCCUUUGGGCAAAAAAAGUGACCAUGGCAAUGCCUUCUUCCCAAACAGCCCUUCCCCCUUUACACCACCUCCUCCUCAAACACCUUCUCCUCAUGGCACAAGAAGGCAUCUGCCAUCACCACCAUUGACACAAGAAGUGGACCUUCAUUCCAUUGCUGGGCCACCUGUUCCUCCACGUCAAAGCACUUCUCAACAUAUCCCUAAACUCCCUCCAAAAACUUACAAACGGGAGCACACACACCCCUCCAUGCACAGAGACGGACCACCACUGUUGGAGAAUGCCCAUUCUUCCUGAGUUUCUCUGUAUUGGGAUGUUUAUUUUCCUAGCCCCAAAUCCAUUGCUGGCAAUGGAUGCACUGAACGUGCCAGCACUGAGGAGUUACAGUGAGAACUCCAAACACUAACGACUCUACUUCAAGAUGCAGUAUAGGACAAUGAAUUUUAACCUAGACAUUAUAAAUUGACAAUGGUAUCCCAGUUUAGAACAUGGAAGGACUGAUCUAGAGGAAUGGACAACUGGUUGCACCUGAAAAUCAAGUAAAGGGACUUUUUCCAGCCAACAGGCAGGAGUUCUCUUUUUGUGAAGUGAUCUUUAUCAUUAAAGGGAUGGAAAACACAGUCUAGUGUCCAGCAGGCCCACAUAAUGACAGUUUUUGUAAUUCAAAAUAUUAUGCACUUUUAAAAAAAAUCUUAAACAGGGAUCUUAAUGUCCUCCUUUGUUUUCCUUUGCUUUACUCUUCUACUUUAGAAUAUUUUCUUAAAAAUCACUCAAAGGACUGUGAGGAAAGGCUGUGGUACCUGGCCUUGUUGAAAUCAAGGCCCAGCACUGUACCACAGUCCUGUUUACAGAUCAUUACAGUGAACUGAGUGGGCACCGAGGCUUCACCAAAGAGGUACUUUGUUGUUGUUAUUGUUGUUGUUUAUUUUUAAGAAUAAUUAUGCCAAUUUUAAGAGCAUUCCUCUACCUGCCCCCACACACCCAAUCAAAAUUUGGUGGUAUUGCCUUCAAACAAGAGAAGUUUUGUGUCAUUAAGAUGACAGAAGAACUUUUUAAAAAAUGUAACUGUCAAGUAUACUAUUUACAUUUAGGAAACUGUUAAUCUAUGCUAGAUUGUCAUUUUCGCCCCUUCUCCCACAGAGGUUUACUGGUAGUCCAUGUCAUAGCUUGUAGCUGUCCCUCUAACCCAUACUAUGAAAAUGCAGGCACCCAGUGUGAAAAGGAGCACUUGUGGGUAUCACUGACACCAUUCAUGUUUUACUAAUAGUUGAGUGAUCAGCGUAUCUAGAAUUACCUUGCAUUGCCUAAAAUCACGUGUAUAUAGUGAAUGUUAUAUAAAUAUACCUGGCAGGUCUGUUUAAUUUAAUCAAAUAAAGAUAACAAAUACUUUGUUUGGCUGGCAUAUAUUAAAUUAUUAUAUGGAGAAACUGGUUGAUUCUUAUUUCUUUCAGUUGAAAAACACAAAAACACUAAGCAUAAAAAAAAACACAUUGUGGUACGCCUUGGUUUCUAGUUCUGGGUGUAUGUAUUAAUCUUAAAGAGUGAUAUAAAGUCACAGUUUCGCAUGUAGGAAAACAUUUGGUUAGAAUAGGAUGGGUAUCGUAAGCAAAAUUUUGUAAGUUUUUUAAGUUCCUAAGCAACGUGUAUACAAUUUGUUAAGAUUUAUACUGAACAUUCUACCUUGCUUGAGGUCUUCUGCUCUAUCAGAACUAUUCAUAAUAUAGCAUCUGCCCCUAUCAUUACUAUCAUAAAAUGGAUUAUUUAUUAAGCCUGUGCACCACUCUUCUGAGUCUAACAAAUACUGUGACUGAAAUGCAUGCACCUUGUUGAAGAGAAGAAGUUGUAUUAAUCUCCACUGUACUAUCUGUGAAAUAUGCAGUAUUCCAUCUUUAGAGUCAUUAGUUCAUUAGUGUCUGCAUGUGUCCUCUGAAUAAUGAAGUAAGAGUUCAGCGAUUCUGUUACCCACACCAUUAAAGACAUUUUUAGAAGUGCUGCAACAUGGUGGAAACCUAGUACUUUAAUAAUUUCUUGUGAUAUUUAUUAGAGCAUUAAGUGUAUACCACGAUAGUACAGUAUAUAUAGUCCUUUAAGACCAGAAAGUAUGUUAACUGCACCAUCAUUAAGCAGUCCAUCCUAUCCUUUCUUAUUUGUUAAGAGUUGAAUCUUUUUUGUUUAAUAUAAAAUAUGUACCGUUCCUAUUGUGGUAGCCAUCUUUCUCUUUAUAACAUUUCUCUUCUUUUAAAAAGUAUUUUAAAAAAUUAAUUUCAAAUCCCCUCUUGGAUGCAAAGUGUCCAUAAGACCAUUCAUUCAUUCAACAAAUAUUUAUAUAAUCCUACUUACUAGUGCUGCUACAACUAGUCAUGAUAUACAUUCCAGAAUCUCCCAUGACUUUUAUUGGGCCAGCUUCAUUGUCCCUAGGAUUUCCCUUUUUAUGGUUUAUUGAUUACUUCUCUUUUUAAUUACCAACCCCUAGUCCAAAUGGGGACUUUGAGAAAAGUCACCCUGGAGCCCAGUCAGUAUCUCUCUGACUAGUGUGUUUAGUCUUCAAUAAAGUGAUAACCCCUAUUCAACCUGCCCAAUCCUAUAACGAGGAAAAACUCAGAUUUGGAGUACUAAUUGUAUUUCUCCAAAAGGGAACUGUUCUUCUAUCCUGUGGUUCUAGAAGACCACUUCACUGUGCAACAGUUUUAUAUGCAUUGUGGAUAGAGGAUAUUUGUAUUCUGAAGUGUGAAAUUUGGUUAAAAACAUUUUCUGCAGUGGUAUGGUAACUAAUUACAAAAAUUCCAAUUGGAUGCCCUCAGGUGGAGGUAAGAAAACUCCUUGCCUUUUCAAUCUAUAACAUUAGUUGACAAAUUUAUACUUUGUAGUAACUAAAAUAUAUUUAGGGACAAGAAGUGGCAGAGAAAAUAAAUACAUCAUUACAACAUUCUGCUUUUGAACUCAGGAUGUUGCAAGGGAGUCAAUGCACCACAAUUUUUAUUAACCAUGUUCCAAAAUGUGGAACGUUUUCUGUUAGAAAUGGAAAUGUUCCUAGAUGUCUCGUUACCUUUGGAUCACAAAUGAAAAUAUUUCAAGGCUGAAUGUAUUUAGUGGGCUGAUAAUCAAUAUAAAUAGAAAGGAGAGCUUUUCAUAUCUAAGGACUUUUAAAAACAAACAGAUAAGAAAUAAAUUUCUAAAUGUAUUAAAAGAUUGUGGCUAUUUACUCUUCCCAGUCCUCCAAAUGUAUUUUAAGACUGCAGAUUAUCAGAAACUACACAAACAUCAAAAGUUUGCUUAAUUAAAAGUUUUGGGGCAUCAUAUUAUGUUUAGUAGAUCACUACUCUCUUAACAACUCAAGGAUGCUUUAAUGGAUCUAUGUCUAGCAAAGAGCAUGCCACAGCAGGACAAUCAACGGAACAGUUUAAUUAACAAGUACUUAUGUUAAUUGAUGGCUAUUUAAUGGUUCUAAAUUCUUCAUUAAUUUUUUUUCAUAAAUCAAAAAUACCUUAUAUAAACAAAAAAUUAGUUGGCAUUUAUUAUCAUGAUCUUAAUUCUCAAGUUCAUCUUACUUUAAACUUGUAUUUCACUGUUUGCCUUUUAAUAUGACAAUUCAAAAUUUUAAGUGGCUCAGCAAAAUAAAUGGGGGAGGGGUGUUGUACAUAUUGAGGAAAACUUUUGUUCUCCUUCAGAUUUAGGAAGAAACAAAAUUUAACCAUUUAUUUCUUGGUAUUCUGCUGCUGUGGAUAGGUUUACUACUCUUUUAACCUAUACUGUGUGACUGUUUGUACAACUGGGGUCCUGUUUUAUUGCACAUUAAUUAAUCUUUACCAGUAAAUAAACAUCACAAGGUUAAUAUUGGUUUGGCUAAAAGAGAGAAUUUAAUGCAGUAAAAUUUAUAAGGGAAUAUGAUGAUUUCAUUCAAUGUAUUUCUCUUUCAGAUGUCUUACUAACUUAUAAAAUCAUUUCAUAACCCCUUAUAAGUGAGCCAAUAAAAUACUUUGAGCUCUACUUCAGAAGCAUGAAGUCAAUAUAAUUCUAAACAGCAAAAGCACUUGUAACUUGUUUUGUAAAUUUCAUGCCUUAUUUUUCAUUUUUGACACCGUAAAGUGCAUUUUCUGUCGACUGUGAGCAAAUUUCCCUGUUGCCUUUAAUGAAAAUAGUGCAUUAAGUAGCCAACUGCUGCAGAAUUAUAAAGCAAGUUAGCUAAAGGUGGGUCACAUUGGACUACCACUCACACAAGAUACAUAAUAGAUGGAAGGUACAUGUGGUGUGGCUUCGGGAGAGCGCACCUGUGCCAGAUGCAUGCCACUUUCAGUAGCUGCCAAAUGUGCCUUUAAUUAAGAACAUCUCUAAUUUUUUCCUUCAGAUCAAGUCAGCAUUUGGGGGCGGGAUUAGGGCAGGGGACUUUGGGGUGCAAAUAUCUGGUGGAACCACCAGAGAAUUUGUUUGUCAAAGUGACAUGUAUAAUUUUAGUUGAGAUGUGUUUGUGUAUAUAUGUGUAUUUGCCUUUGUUUAGUAGCACGGUUAUUUGCUAAAAUAAUUGUCAAAAAAUUGAUCUGUCAGUCUUACUUUGAUGUAAGAAUAAAGUGUGGUCUAUACAUCUCUUAUGGCCUUUGUACCUAACCAUGUUCGUAGGUAAUCUUUGUACUCUGUGUGCAGCAGUAUUUGGUUUGCAUUUAAAGUGAAAAUAAUGGCUGUUAUUUUUCUGGCAUUACUAAGAUAAACCGAAAAAAUAAUAAAGAAAAAUGCCUUACAUAGCC